AUGGCUCCAGGAGCCGGAGGAAAGAGGAAGAAAGCUGAAAGGCCGUGGUCUGCUGACUCUGGAAACGACGGCCCACGUCCUUCACCUCACCGACCGGGCAACCUCAACAUGGCGCAACAAAACCAUGGCUCGCAUUCACCGCAAUCUCGCGAUAACUCCGACGCGCGCGGUAGGCUACGAAGACAGCCAAGUCGAGGUGGAAGGCAUAGUAAUGCUGGUCGGCGGCCGAGCAACGACAGUCAAAAUUUUCCGGGUGGUCGGGUGGAUGCGGCCAUGUCUCCUCCCAGCACGCCCGCCGCGAGAGAUGGAUCGGAUCAGGUCCAGAUGAAUGGCAUAGCAUCGAUGACACCCCAACUACAGCCGACACAAUCACAGUCACAAGGGCCAUCGCAAGCCAAACACCAACCUACUCCGACCCCCCAGUCGCGCAUGUCCCCGACAGUCCCAGUACAUGUCCCACCAGCCGGACCGCCACCGUCCUAUCACUAUAAGUAUGUUUCUAGUGAUAUGAUUGACGAUUGGAAAGCUACAGGGAAACAGAGACUUGUGGCGGAAGGCAUGCAGGCUAGGGAUGGUCAGGAUAUGAUAGUACUGGCCUCAAUAUACCAAGAACUCAUUCGAUGUGGGCUGGAUGGACGGCUCCCACCAGAGGAAGCUGGCUCAACAGUGAAGGAGAUUAUUGGAGAGGAGGUUUCUGCAGAGUAUAUUCACAUGGAAGGCCAGGACCAACCCUCUGCUCCUCUUGACACUCGCUCCCUGUUCUUGGAUACUCUAUCGAUCGUGACCGACUCCGACACUUCAAAUUUCGCCCUGAGACCGUUAGUGUUUUCUACGGGGAUUAACCCCACUCUCAUGCGCCUUCAGCUUGAAACUCCUCUUCUUCAAUCCCUUGGUCUUGUUCGCGACACGUUCGCUCGAAUGGGUAUUCGUAAACAGACCAAUCUUCUUUAUCGCCAGUCAAACUACAACCUGCUACGUGAGGAAUCUGAAGGUUACUCGAAGUUGCUCACAGAAUUAUUUGCCACAAGUAACAAUGAACCACCAUCCAGCGAGGUUGUGGAGGAUACAUUUGAGAGGGUCAAAGCGAUGAUCGGUGCUUUUGAUAUGGAUGUUGGCCGUGUUUUGGACGUCACUCUCGAUGUUUUUGCUGCUGUUCUGGUCAAACAGUAUCGAUUUUUCGUGAAACUUUUGCGGGCCAGCUCUUGGUGGCCGAAGGAGCAUAUUCUGCACACCAUAGUGGGAGGUCCUUGCGACUCAGGGCUUCCUAAUUGGGCCUUGCCAGGAUCUUCUGGGUGGGUAACAACUGAUGAAGAGCGCGCAGACGCUCUGCAUGCGAAUGCACAACGUGAUCGAGACUUUUGGGAUCGAAUCAGGCAAAUUGGUAUUCGGGGUUUCUUUGAGAUUGGUCGUCAACCGGUCUCGGCGAAGGAGCUGAAUCAGUUGUUCCCUGAAACCAACAGUCUGUCCGGCGAGGAGGCUGAUACUCGCAAAUGGAUCGAGGAGACGGGUACAUUGCCCCCCAAGGGAAGUCAGGUCGCCGCGCAACUUCUGGGAUUCAAACUCCGUUUCUAUUCUUCACAGGCUCGCUCCAAGUCCGACAUUCUACCGUAUAAUCUCAUCUACUUGGCCGCAUUAUUGAUCAAAGUUGGCUUUAUUUCUCUCCGCGAUUUAUACCCUCACCUCUGGCGGCCCGACGAUUCGAUGGAUGCGCUGAAAGAGGAGAAGUUGAAAGAAAAGGCAGAACGGGAGAGAGCCGCACGUCCUGGUGGAGGCGUUAAUGCUCUCAUGAUGGCUGGUGCUCUUUCAGAUGAUACAUUACCUAUUCCUCGUAUUCGCGAAUCAGAAGCACGUUCCCUGACACCAGGGAAAGAUCAAGAGGCAGACAAAUCUGCGGCGGCGAAACCCGAGGAAAACGAGCUGCCAGAACCGUCAGACCAGAAAGUCCUUCUCUUAAAGAGUCUGCUCGCUAUUGGCGCACUACCAGAAUCCCUCUUCAUUCUGAGCAAAUUCCCAUGGCUCAUGGAUAACUAUCCCGAACUUCCCGAAUACAUCCACCGCAUCCUGCAUCAUUGUCUAAGUAAGAUCUAUGCUUCUCUACGCCCGUUGCCGCCAGUGGAGGCACUCCGAGAGCAAAAGCAAAUCCCGAGCCAUGACCAAGCUGGAGUACCAAAGGGUCAUAUCCGCCUAGCGCAAGCGCCGCCCAGGCGAGUGUUACGAUGGGCACAGCUGGACAAAGAAGAUACAAAUGACGGCACAGAUUACCGAUUUUAUUGGGAUGACUGGGCCGACAAUAUUCCCAUAUGCCAGUCGGUUGAUGAUGUCUUCGCGCUUUGCUCUUCGUUCCUGAACCUUUCUGGACACAAGAUUGGACAGGAUCCGAGUCUUCUUACUAAACUUGCCAGAAUUGGGAAGGAUAGCCUCGUUAAGGAUGAUUCCCCUGAAAAUAAGGCGCGCUGGCAGGAUCUUUGCAAGCGCCUUUUGGUUCCUGCCAUUAGUCUUACCAAGGCAAACCCCGGUGUGGUCAAUGAAAUAUUUGAUCUUAUAAGCUUCUUUCCAAGGGAGACCAGAUACAACAUGUACGCGGAGUGGUAUUUCGGCCAAACAUCUCGUCUUCCUGAUAUAAAGUCUGCUUUCGAUCAAGCGCGGGCGGAAACGAAGGAUGUUCUGAAGAGAUUGAGCAAGACCAACAUACGCCCAAUGGCUCGAGCAUUGGCGAAGAUCGCAUACGCAAACCCCGGAAUUGUCAUCAAUGUCGCGAUCAGUCAGAUCGAAUCAUACGAGAAUCUAAUCGAGGUCGUUGUGGAGUGCGCGCGUUAUUUCACCUAUCUUGGUUACGAUAUCUUGACUUGGUCCUUAAUCAACUCUCUCGGGCAAAAGGGGAGAAGCCGAGUCCAGGAAGGUGGAUUACUGACAAGCCGAUGGCUUAACGCCCUGGCAACCUUUGCUGGGAGAACUUUCAAACGGUACUCAGUGAUGGAUCCCGCUCCCCUUUUACAAUACGUCGUCGAGCAGCUUCGACAAAACAACUCUACCGAUCUUAUUGUUCUGGAACAGAUGAUCAGCUCCAUGGCGGGCAUUAUCACCGACACCAAUUUUAAUGACGCCCAAAUACAAGCAAUGGCGGGAGGUGAUAUCUUACAAUCCCAAACCAUCCUCCAGCUUUUGGAUAAACGACACGAAUCAAAGACAACUUCAAAACGGCUUAUCAAAUCUCUCACAGUUUCGAGGCUUGCCGGGCAAUUGCUCAUUGCCAUUGCGCAAGAGCGCCUAACCUGUAUCUUCAAAGAAUCUGAAGCGUCGUCCGAGCUGAAGCUACUAGGAAACAUAUUCGACGAGAUACAUCGUAUUUUAGCUCAGUAUUUGGACCUCCUUCGCAGCAACUUGUCAGUUGAUGAGUUCGACUCGUUUGUUCCCGACCUUGCAUCUCUUAUUCGUGACUUUGGUAUUCAACCUGAAGUUGCCUUCUGGAUCCGACGGCCAAGUGUUGCCCAGAGACUAAGUGAUCUUGACAAGAGCUCCCAGGAUAUUGUGAGCGCAGCGAAAGUGAAAGAAAUUGACGAAGUCCCUGCCCUCAAAGCGGAGGUGGAAAAGAUAGAAACAAAUGAUGGGGAAGUUGAACCGUUGGCGGCCAGCCAAAUGGACAUCGACCAGGAGGAACCUGAUAAGCUAGUUGACGCUGGUGCACAGGCUCUGGAACAAAAGCUAACUGGUCCGGCACUGAGUGACUCGCCGCCCUUGAACCCGGUCAUGCAAGACCUCCAAGACCAGGUCAAGUCAGUCCUUCCCUCAGAAACUUGGGGAGCCGUGGGUCUGCCCUUCUACGUCGCCUUUUGGCAACUUUCUCUCUACGACGUGCAUAUACCCCAGAAAUCUUAUGAAGACGAAAUUGACCGCUUAAAGAAGAAAGUCAUUGCUAUCGGUAAUGACCGAUCAGACAUUAGUGUUGCGGGAACUCAACGAAAGGAGAGGGAAAAGAAGCAGAUCACACAGCUUCAAGACCGGAUUCUAGAUGAGAACAAAGCUCACUUGAAGUCUUAUGGUCAGACAAGAGCGAGGUUGCAAAAGGAGAAGGACCGAUGGUUUGUCGGUAUGCGAGGCAAGCACGACUCCUUGCACAUCGCGCUGCUAGAACAGUGUUUCCUCCCUCGUCUGCUUCUGUCUCCCAUUGAUGCAUUUUACUGCUUCAAGAUGCUAAAAUUUCUUCAUACAACCGGAGCACCCAAUUUCCGCACUGUGGGCCUGUUAGAUCAGCUCUUCCGCGAGCACAGGCUUACCGCUUUGAUUUUCCAAUCAACAUCGAGGGAAGCCGACAACCUUGGCCGCUUAUUAAAUGAGGUUCUUCGUGAUCUAAGUCGUUGGCAUGCUGACAAGAACGUCUACGAAAAAGAAGCCUUUGGAAACAAGAAGGACCUUCCCGGGUUUGCCAUGACUGUCGACCCGGAAGGUAAGCCUACAACUUUCCUUGAGUACGAAGAUUUUCGCCGCCUGCUUUACAAGUGGCAUCGUCUUUUGUCCUCUGCGCUCAAGAUUUGCUUGAAUGGGGGUGAAUAUAUGCAUAUCCGAAAUGCUAUCAGUGUACUCAAGGCGAUUGUACAACACUUCCCGGCCGUCAAUUGGAUUGGUCGUGACAUGCUUACCAGUGUGAACAAUCUAAGUCAAAAUGAUGAGCGAGAUGAUGUGAAAAUUCCCGCGGCCUCUUUGAUCGGUGAUCUCAACCGCCGUGAGAAGAAAUGGAUGCUCCCGCAGGCUUUCAUGAUUACCAGCCAGCCAGCUUCAGGCAAAGGCAACCAAAAUGACAAAACUGGCGCAAAGACAUCUAUCUCACGACCACAAUCGGCUACCCCGACCCAAUUAAAUGCUACUGUACCGGAGUUUAAGCCCAUGGGCGCCCCUGGGUCGAAAGGUGCUGUGCAAUCGGAGACGACUUCAAAACAGGAAGUGGAAGACGGGGAAAUUGAGGACGCAAAGAUGGCCGAUGCUCUAGCGAAGGAUACCGAUGAUAACCAGCAGAAUGCACAGAAUCCCGCUGAACAUGACGCGCAACAGACCGAUAAACCUACCAACAAAACUUCAGCCGACGAAGGACGGCCAGCAAAUAGUCAAGAUCCGACAACUGGGGAAGCUUCUACUGACAAGUUGGCUGCCGAAAACCGUACUGGAGAAGAUGUUCCAUCUCAGUCCCGGCCCUCCCCUUCUCCUGCUGGGCCUCAGGCCACACCGAAAGCUCCAGACUCCAGAAGGGCAGCAAAUACGCCAAAGCAGUUUGACCAGGCAAGAGCACCUGGUGGUGCCCGGGCUUCUCGUUCUCAACCCCAUUCAGCCAGUACUUCUCACCUAGAUGAUAGAAGGUUACCCCCGCGGCCUGACCUUUUGGAUGAAAGACGAGACCGUCACUCGGAAUACCCUCGGGGUGGCCGGUUUAACAGUGAGCAUGACUUUGGCCGGUCAUUUGACCAGCCUAUUGGAGAUGGGAGAAAUUUUGGACGAUUGGAUAGGGACUAUCCUCUAAGACCACCAGCAGAUGAGCCAUUCCGUGGCCCUUCCUAUCGAGACUGGCCUGAUCGAUCUGGCCGCCUUCGAGUUCCUGAUAUCCGCGAGAACCUUCCCACUAGGCCUGCUGGCCCGCAGACGCAUCCCGACCGUGCUGAUCUGAUUCACGAUAUAUCUGAUCGACCGGGGGAUGGUUUCCGUCGUGGGGAAUCGCAACGUCAAGAGAGGGAUGACCGACGAACUCUACCAACCCGAGGAGCAUCUCCCCAAAGGAUCGAACUCCCCAAUCGUCCCGAGCGAUUCCCCUCUGAUGACCGUCGAUCUGGCAAUUUUAACCCGCAACCCGCGCGGGGUGAAGAUUUGCCAACCGGGCCACGCAGCGACCGACUUCCACGAACUUCUAUGGAAGCACCGGAGCCCCGUGAGCCAAUUCCUGAUAUUCCUUCCGGCCCUAGAAGCAGGAAUCCAUCUGGCCGAGGUGGACGAAACCAGCCUGCUCAUGCUCCAGCAGGAUCCUCUGGCAGUGGACCAGCACUACCCGAACGUGCGCCACCCACAGGCCCCGGGCGUCAAGGGUUGCGAAAUGACCAACCUACUUCUGCAACUCCUCCAUCUCCAAGAUCCGACAAACUAGAAGCAAGUGGCAUCCACCCGGAUCGCCUCAAAGCGUUACAGCAACCAUCUUUGGACAAUAGCUUUGGUUCUGGAAUGCGCUCCCAUCCUCCACCGCCCCCCGCCGCUGUCGUUCCUCCGUCAGGACCUCGUGGAGCCGGGCCACCAACUGGACCGUCUCCUGCCUCCCGCGCGCCUCCCCCCGGGCCAGGAUUCAGUGGGGAGCGUGGGCGCAGCGAUAAGCGAUUUGCCGGAAUUAAUAACAUGCUCCAACAGUCCGGCGGCCCUGCAGACCGAGGCCCUGGUCCGUCAGUCAGGGGCCGUGGGGCGGCUCGACAGGCUGCGGGUGCCCGUGGCUCCUCCCCUCAGUCGUCACGACCCCAAACAUCGGGCGGCCAGGAAGAUGGGUCUCGUUCGGGCUUGUCGGCCCCAAGCAGGCCUGAUCUUCUCGCGAGCCGUACAUCUGGCAAUGCCGAAGAAGAUGGUCCUCCCCGCAGUCGACUGAACCCCAACGCCCGAAAUGAAACUGUAGAUGACUCCGGGUCUGAUAGCCGGCGAUCUAUGCGUUACUCAUCUGGCGCGAGUUUUUCACACGAUCGGGACCGCGAGCAUGAAAGGGAACGGGACCGUGAUCGCCGUGGAGAUGAGGACGAUGGCACACGAAGCAGCGGUCGACGAGAGAAUGGUCGAGAUCGAAACCGUGAGCGGAGCCGUAGAAGCGAUGCGGCUACGGGGACUAGUCGGGAAGAACGGUACGAAUCCCGCGAAGCAUCACGCCGAGGGGUUAGUUCUCGUGAUGAUAAUCGCCGGCGUCGUGACAGAGAUGAUGCCUCCGAGGUCAAUCAGGAGCAUGAAGGACGCCUGCGCCCUCCUUCGUCACACUCACAUGGAGCGCAGCCUCCUCCACCGCCGCCCCCGCCGCCCCCUCCUGCUGGUUCUGAAGACGAUCGACGAUGGAGCGGUAGCGGACGGGAAGGACGCGACCGCGAACGUGACAGGAACCGUGAUCGACCGCGCGAGCGCAAUUACCAUCGUGAGGGUGGUAGUGGAGGCGCACCUCAUCGCAAACGAGGACGGCCUGGAGGCGAUGAAGGCGGACCUAGUGAAGGAAGCAACCGUGGGGGGUCGCGGAUGGGGGGUGAGAGCAAGCGCCCUCGUCGGGGAGCUUAA